UGGAGAAGUCUUUGGCUGCCUGGACUCUGAACUUGAAAGAAGCAGAAACGAUGAAGGCCGAGCUCAGCCGGCACGUUGUGGCGGAGGACGUGAUGGUUUUGAAGAGCAGAUAGACCAUUUGCACAGACAAUGGGAAGACCUCUGCCUCAGAGUGGCUAUCCGCAAACAGGAGAUUGAAGACAGACUCAACUCAUGGGUCCUGUUCAAUGAAAAAAACAAAGAGUUGUGUGCGUGGCUGGUGCAGAUGGAAAACAAAGUUCUGCAGACCGCAGACAUCAGCAUCGAGGAGAUGAUUGAGAAGCUUCAGAAGGACUGCAUGGAGGAAAUCAGCUCAUUCAGUGAAAACAAGUUACAGUUGAAGCGAAUGGGUGAUCAGCUGAUAAAGGCCAGCAACAAGACCAGAGCAGCUGAGAUCGACGACAAGCUCAACAAAAUCAAUGACCGCUGGCAACAUCUUUUUGAUGUCAUUGGAUCCAGGGUGAAGAAGCUGAAGGAGACAUUCACCUUUAUUCAGCAGCUAGACAAAAACAUGAGCAACCUCCGGACCUGGUUGGCUCGGAUCGAGUCCGAGCUCUCGAAGCCAGUCGUGUACGACGUUUGUGAUGAUCAGGAAAUCCAGAAGAGGCUGGCCGAGCAGCAGGAUCUGCAGCGAGAUAUUGAACAACACAGUGCAGGGGUGGAGUCCGUGUUCAACAUCUGCGACGUCCUUUUGCAUGACUCCGACGCCUGUGCCAAUGAGACUGAGUGUGACUCGAUCCAGCAGACCACCAGGAGCCUGGACAGACGCUGGAGAAACAUUUGUGCUAUGUCGAUGGAGCGGCGCAUGAAAAUUGAGGAGACAUGGCGCCUGUGGCAGAAGUUUCUAGAUGACUAUUCCCGCUUCGAGGACUGGCUCAAGUCCGCCGAGAGGACAGCGGCCUGCCCCAAUUCCUCUGAGGUGUUGUACACAAAUGCCAAAGAAGAGCUGAAGAGGUUCGAGGCCUUUCAGCGGCAGAUCCACGAGCGGCUCACGCAGCUGGAGCUCAUCAACAAGCAGUACCGACGGCUGGCGCGGGAGAACCGCACGGACACCGCCAGCAAGCUGAAACAGAUGGUGCACGAGGGCAACCAGCGCUGGGACAACCUGCAGAAGCGGGUCACGGCCGUGCUGCGCAGACUCAGACAUUUCACUAACCAGAGGGAAGAGUUUGAGGGCACUAGGGAGAGCAUUCUAGUGUGGCUCACAGAGAUGGACCUGCAGCUGACCAACGUGGAGCACUUCUCAGAGAGCGAUGCUGCCGACAAGAUGCGCCAACUGAAUGGCUUCCAACAGGAAAUAACAUUAAAUACAAACAAGAUUGACCAGCUCAUCGUGUUUGGGGAGCAGCUGAUUCAGAAGAGCGAGCCCCUGGAUGCAGAGUUGAUCGAAGAUGAGCUGGAGGCUCACCGGUACUGCCAGGAGGUGUUUGGCAGGGUCUCCCGAUUCCACCAGCGGCUCACCUCCCACACUCCAGGCUUAGAAGAUGAAAAGGAGGCCUCUGAGAAUGAGACAGACAUGGAAGACCCCAGAGAGAUCCAGACUGACUCUUGGCAUAAAAGGGGAGAGAGCGAGGAGCCCUCGUCUCCCCAGUCCCUGUGUCACCUCGUGUCACCACCUCCAGGGCAGGAGCGGUCUGGCUGUGAGACCCCUGUCAGUGUAGACUCCAUUCCCCUGGAGUGGGAUCACACAGGUGACGUGGGGGGCUCCUCCUCUCACGAAGACGACGAGGAGGACCCGUUCUACAGUGCGCUGUCAGAUGUAGAAAUCCCUGACAAUCCUGAGGCAUAUCUUAAAAUGACCACAAAAUCUUUGAAAGCGUCUUCUGGCAAAUCGGUUUCUGAUGGCCACUCGUGGCAUGUUCCUGACAGCCCUUCCUGUCCCAAGCAUCGCUACAAACAAAUAGAAGGUGACAGGACUGUACCACCCAUCCGCUCCGAGACCAGCACCCCUUAUAAGCCAGCCUGUGUAAAGCUGUUGUUACGUCCAGGCACUGAUGGUGACAAAGAAGGUCCACAAGUCUUGAAUGGCAGCCCUCAGCAGGAAGAUGAGCGACUGACCACCUUAGCAGGACAGCAGUCAGGUGCCUUCGACAGAUGGGAACUGAUUCCACCACAAGAGCUUCAUAGUAAACUCAGAAUAAAACAAAACGUGCAGAAACUGAACUCUGAUAUCAGCGACAUCACUGCUUGGCUGGAAAGAACUGAAGAGGAGCUGGAAAUUUUAAAAAUAGCAAAGCCUCCUUCAAAUAUCCACGACAUGGAACUGAGAGUGAAGAGACUGCAGGAGAUAUUAAAAGCCUUUGAGUCCCAGAAGGCAUUAAUGGUCUCUGUCAACGUGAGCAGCAAGGAAUCUCUGCCAGCUGAGAGCACCGAGUCCACAGAGCUCCAAAGUCAGCUCCGCCAGCUGAGCCUGCGCUGGGAAGCAGUCCAGGGCGCAGUGGACAGCUGGAGAGGGGACUUACGGCAGUCGCUCAUGCAGUGCCAGGAUUUCCACCAGCUGAGUCAAAACCUGCUACUGUGGCUAGCAAGUGCUGAGAAGCGAAGGCAGAAGGCUCAUGUCACCGACCCAAAGGCAGACCGCCAGGUUCUCCUGGAGCGUCAGAAAGAACUCUUGCAACUGGAAGAGGAGCUGGUGGAACAUGAACCUCAGGUGGACUCCUUGCAGGAGAUCUCCUCCAGCCUGCUCAUUAAGGGACACAGAGAAGACUAUAUUGAGGCUGAAGAGAAGGUGCAUGUUAUUGAAAAGAAACUCAAGCAGUUACGUGAGCAAGUGGCCCAAGAUUUAAUGUCCUUGCAGGGAAGCCAGAAUCCAGACACGUCUCUGCCCAGCUUUGACGAGGUAGACUCAGGGGACCAACCUCCAGCAGCCUCUGUGCCAGCCCCACAAGCGAAGCAGUUCAGAGCAGAGAGGACUACGGAAGAGGAGACCGAGACAGACAGCAGGGUGUCAGGCCCCGGUGGUGCCGGCAGCUCUCGGCCACAGCGUUCCUUCCUGUGGCGGGUGAUCAGGGCAGCACUGCCCUUGCAGUUGCUGCUGCUGUUGCUCCUGCUCCUGGCCUGCCUGCUGCCCUCCUCCGAAGAGGACUACAGCUGCACCCAGGCCAACAACUUCGCCCGCUCCUUCUACCCCAUGCUGCGGUACACCAACGGGCCGCCCCCCACCUAGAGCCCUCGCCAGCAGCAGCGCCACAUCACUAGCCCAUUUGUCAUGGGUGUCCAGCUCGUGAUUCCAAACCAAUCUGCAAGGGACUUAGCAUUGGCCAGGCCGAGGGAUCUGCUGCAGACACCUCCCUCCAGCUUGGCCAGAGUAGGCUCUUGAGGCCCAGGGCAACUUUCAAAUGAGGUUCAUCCUGGGGACAACAACCGAUGGCAGUGCUGCUCCCACGUUUCGGCGAGCCCAGUUGAUUAGUUGAGGGAACGCUAGUUUCCUAAAGAGCUACACAUUGUGUGAAUUCUGACUUCUUUGAAAACAGCAUUAUUACAACGUAGUUAUAUGGCCCACGAGCAUGUAAAGAAUUUUAGAGAAGCAAGUGAGCAGAUUCCACCUUAAAAAUGGUCCCGAAACUCAUCUGCACCCAAGCUGAUUGAUCAAGAUGAGAAUAUGGUAAACAUGUAGGGUGGGUUCUCCUCCAAUCAGCUAGCAAUCUGAGCUACCAUUAUAAACCAAAAUACUCUGUUUAGUACCUAGGUCGGCUCUUUUUAUAUUGCUUUAAAUUUUUAAAGAAAUUUUAUUGCAUGGAUGUGGUUAUUUGUGCAUAUUUUUUAAUGAUGCUGAAUCUGUAUGAAUAAUGUAAACUUUGACUUUUUUAAAAAAUUGGAUUUUAGCUUAAGCUUUUGACUAAUGUACAGUAAAUGCCAAACUACAGACUUGAUAGGGAUGUUUUUGUAAGUUAAUUUUAUAAGACUUUUCACGUUUAAAACAGAUGCUUCAGGUUUGGUUGAACUGUUUGGCCACUGUGGGGGAGGGGUUGGUACAGAAACUUGAAGCUGUUUGUGGUAUGUACAACUCAAAUGUUUCUCAUUAAAAAACAAAA